CUGAUUAGAGUGUGAUACGACAACAGGGCUGUGGGAUGGUAAUUGCAGUAACAGGUUAUUAAAACUUAAUUAAUCCUUUGGGACCGUGGCUUGAUGUUGCUCACUUUGAUUUGGUUCUGGACCCUGGGUGGCUCCUGCAUGGCAGCUCUGGUGUUCUCCCACUGCCUGGGGGCUGCUCCUGGGGAUCCCUGUGUAUGGGUGCUGGUUAUCCAUGCUCAGCUGCCCCAUGCACACACUGGCACAGUGUGACCCACCACCACAUCAUCCCACCACCCCAUCAUCCUCAUCCCAAGCCCCUCAAGAUUUGAACAAGGGUCUGUGUCAAACCUUGCAGGUGUUAUUUUUUAGUUGCUAACCAGUAGCUGUGGCUGGACAGUUAGGAUGAAAAAACUGCAUUGUGAAUUUCAUAUGCUUGGCUAAUUUGUUGUUUUAAGGAAAAGGGAAGAUAGUCCCGAGGUGAACGGGCUGGACAAGAGCCACCAAGAGUGAAUUCAGCAGAACUGAGCAGUAACUGGGGGAAAAGUGAUCACAGCAGCAGGUAAUCUCGACCAUCAGCUCACGGACUGCCUGCUCAAAACGGACUCAAAUGCCGGGAAAAGUCACGUAAUUUGUAACCAACAAAAGCGACGCCUUUGCUAUAAUGUAUAAGCAGGUAAUCUCGACCAUCAGCUCACGGACUGCCUGCUCAAAACGGACUCAAAUGCCGGGGAAGUCAUUUGUUAUAAUGUAUAAACAGUGUAAAUUUUUGAUGACCUGCGCCCCAGCCUUUUGCGGGUCACCGCCCCGCUCCCUGCUUCGCGCAGUCUGGAAUGAAGGGACAGCAUCGCCUCGCCCCGGUGCGUGAAUCGGGACAAUCCCACGCACCAUCACCCCGCCACGGCCUCCAUCCACCACCACAUCCCCCCCGAGCCCUUCCCGGCCCCUCCGUGCGAGGGAUGGAGCGCUCGCCCCGCUCCCUGCCCCCCGAGCCCUCAUUAACCGCGGGGCCGGGCCGCUCCUGCCCGGGGAGGCCGGGCCAGCAGAGCCGCCCCCUUCCCGGUCCCUGCCGCGGCUCCCGGCCGAGCCGUGCCGUGCCGAGCCGUGCCAUGGCCGCUCCCUGCUACCUGGGCUGGGAUUUCAGCACGCAGCAGUUGAAAGUCAUUGCUAUUGAUGAACAGCUGAGGGUCAUUUAUGAAGAUAACGUUCAUUUUGAUAAGGACCUUCCGGAAUUUAAGACUCAAGGUGGAGUCUACAUUCACAGUGACAGACUGACAGUGACUUCACCAGUGCUUAUGUGGGUCAAGGCUCUGGAUAUGAUCUUGGAAAAGAUGAAGUCUUCAGGCUUUAACUUCUCUCAAGUCAGAGCUAUGUCUGGUGCUGGCCAGCAACAUGGGAGUGUGUACUGGAAAAAAGGAAGCAUCCACAUUUUAAAGAAUGCAUCACCUGAACUACCUUUACAUCAAUCACUAAAGGGCUGUUUUUCAGUCGUUGACAGUCCCAUCUGGAUGGAUUCCAGCACAGCCUCCCAGUGCAGAGCACUGGAGAAAGCCCUGGGGGGAGCCCAGCACCUGGCCAGUGUCACUGGCUCCCGGGCAUAUGAGCGUUUUACAGGAAACCAGAUAGCAAAGAUUUACAGCCAGAAUCCUGAAGUCUACAAGCAAACUGAGAGAAUCUCUUUGGUCAGCAGCUUUGCAGCUUCCCUUUUCCUAGGAACUUAUGCACCCAUUGAUUAUAGUGAUGGUUCUGGGAUGAACUUGCUGCAGAUUUGGGAAAAGGCAUGGUCAAAGCCCUGCCUUGAUGCUUGUGCCCCUGGAUUAGAGGAGAGACUAGGAUGCCCUGUAGCAUCCCACUCAGUCCUGGGGCCCAUUUCUCCAUAUUAUAGUCAACGUUAUGGGUUUAGCCCAGACUGUAAAAUAGUAGCAUUUACAGGAGACAAUCCAGCAUCACUGGCAGGGAUGAGACUUCAAGAAGGAGACAUUGCAAUUAGCCUUGGCACAAGUGACACAUUGUUCCUGUGGAUCCAAGAGCCAACUCCUGCCUUAGAAGGUCAUAUUCUCUGCAAUCCUGUUGAUUCUCAAACAUAUAUGGCCCUUUUAUGUUUUAAGAAUGGUUCUCUGAUGAGAGAGAGGAUCAGAGAUGACUGUGCUUCAGGCUCCUGGGAUGAAUUCUCCAAAGCCUUAUCAUCAACUGUUGCUGGAAACAGUGGAAACUUGGGUUUCUACUUUGAUGUGAUGGAAAUUACUCCUGAAGCAGUUGGGAUUCACAGAUUCAACAGAGACAACCAAAAGGUUCCAAGGUUUCCAAAGGAAGUAGAAAUACGAGCACUGAUUGAAGGGCAGUUCAUGGCCAAGAGGAUUCAUGCUGAAAAGCUGGGAUACAAAGUCUUGCCUAGAACAAGGAUUUUGGCUACUGGUGGUGCAUCCCACAAUAAAAAGAUCUUACAGGUCCUGUCCGACGUGUUCAACGCGCCCGUGUUCACCAUCGACACAGCCAACUCUGCUUGUCUGGGAAGUGCUUACAGAGCAAUCCAUGGACUUGUAGCUGAGAGGAAUGUGUCCUUGGCUGAUGUUGUGAAAUUAGCUCCAGAGCCCAGUUUGGCUGUUACACCCACCCCAGGGGCUGAGGAGCAUAGCAAAAAUUAAAGAGUCAUUUCACCUCUUUGGGGCCUCCUCUCUUCCCCGAGGAAAAAGAUUAAUCAGAAGCACUAAGCAUGACAAAAAUAACCAGGAGAUUCUACAGCAAUAAAUAGAUGUUAACAGACAGAAAUAAUCUGUUAUUUUAGCAUUAGAAUUCAGAUCUAUUUCAGUAAUCUAUUAAAGCAGGGAUGGUUGGCUAGUUGGUUAAUUAAGCAAAAAUAAAACAUGAGAGAGAACAUGAUUGUCUGGGAGUUGGUCACUUGUGUUUACCCAAGAUGUGUGACAGAGUGCCAGAUUGGUUGUGAUAUUGUCCUAUGGGGUUUUCAAGGGAGAAGGCAUAGAGCAGCUCACUACCUCUGGAUGUGAGAUUUUUGAUUGCAUUAUUGACUCUGCUGAGAUGUAUUAAUCUUGCAAAAAUUCAGGAAGGGAAAAUGUAAACCUAACAGGUUUUCUUGACUUUGGUGAAUUGCCUUGUAAGUGGGUGGAUUUAUAGAAAUGACCCUAUUACUCAGGAAGGUUAUAAUUACCUAUUUAUUGAUUUAAAAUAAUUAUAUUAGAGUUAGAUUUUGGAGGGGGGAAGUUGUUUUCUAGAAUUGGUUUAGGUUGGUUAUUUAGUGCAAAGUAGGUAAUAAUAAUACAACCACAAAAAUAUAACAGGUAUUGAUAGAAGUUUGAUUAAGUUGAUUUGUGUAGCCAAUAAUUUUUUAAACUGAUUAAGAUAGGCUUGCAGAAUGGAAAUCUGAGGUAAAGUAUGUAAUUGUUUCAGGUGUGGUUCCUUGGAGAAGUCUUCAGAGUACUUUAGAACAUUGUUUUAUUGUUUCUGCUUUAUGAGUAUUCUUUCUCUGUUAAGAAUAAUGAACAACUGCUAUGAUUUGAAAAAUAAAAGAACUCUUGAUUUCUUCAGCAAAUCUCUAUGAGUAAUUUGACUUUGGUUUUAAAAAAAAGGAACAUAUCAAAAGUAGCAAGUGUUUGUGAAAGACUGAUUAAUUUUAAUCUAUUCAGGGUAGAUUAAAUGUACUCGGGUAGAUUAAAAUUAGAUAAUCAUCAGCAUCAUCUUUGUAAUUUGUAAAUUUUGAAUUGCUCCAGUGAUUGGCUAACAGAGCAUUGCAGGAGAUAGGAGGAUCCAUGUGGAUUGUCACUUGUAGUAAUAAUUUGUAGCUGCUUUUGCUCUUAAAAGGUGGCAGGGACAAUCUAAACAGUAAAAGCCCAGUUGAGUACAUAGGCUGGUAAUGUGGUGAGAUGUAGUAACAGGAUGAAACAUUUGGUUUGUUCUAGAGAACAAGGUAGCAUUGUACAAAUGCAUUUUUCAGAGAGGGCAAGUUAAAUUAUUCCCUGUAAUAAUGUAUUAUUAAUCAUGAGCAUUUUCUUUAGUUGUGGGACUGUCAGAAUGUGCCCAAAUUGUCCCAGGAGGGAAGUUUAGGGUUUGUAAAUGAAACAGUCAGAGUACUGUCAACGUUGUGGAGUAGGCUAUAAAGAUAAGCUGGAGAAAGGGCCAUAAUUAAGCAAGGACAAUUAAAUUAUGGACAAUAAUAAGGUUUGUGUUGCGAUACAUGUAAUUACUUUUAUUAAAUAUCAUGGUUUGAUAGAUUAGGUUUGAGGCUAUGGCAGAGAGGGAAUUUAUGUCCUUGGUUUUUUAUGCAUUAUUGAGAGUCCUUUAUUCCCUUUGGACCUCAAUUAUGAAAACAUAUCUAUAUAAUUGCCUCAGGAAAGAGACUCCCAGAAUUGCACAGGGGGAGCUGCCCAAGGCUCUGUGGAGGCACUUCAGUCGUGACAGAAUCACCUUCCACAGACACACCUGGGUGCACACUCAGGCCAUGCUCUGGGUUGGUGCUGUUUGGCUUUUCUUCCCUGUGGUUCAUGGGAGCUGCACUGCUCCAGCCCCAAACCUCGGCUGGCAUGAAAAAUGCUGCUUGUGGAAAGCCUGUGGCACUGCUGCACUUAUCAGCUGUGAUGUACUGGUGGUAUUACAGCCAAAUUCCCUGAGGAGGAGGAAUUUAAGGCUUUGCUUAUCCCUCUGA